AUGAAUAUUACAUGUCGUUCUGCUCAGAGCUUCGUCACCAGCUUCAUCGAUCCUUCUUUCCGCGACUGCAAACCAUAUUCUGCGAUCAACUUCUCCGCCGCCAUCUCUGCAAUGACAUAUGCCGUCGAUUGCGUAUGGUUGCUACUUUGCAGUCAGAAAUGUAUUGCGAGACGAAGAGAACUCUUUACAUAGGCGAGGGGCACUUGGGCACGAAUGGACAGACGCUCAAGUCAAUCGCCCUACAGCUCUGCAACCCAAAUAUGCGAAAGGACGAGUCGACGCAGGCUGAGUCGAUCGGGGUCCCCAUCCGAGCUGUAUAA